CAGAACUACAAAUAUCUACACCAAGCCAUCUGGACUCAGAACCCAGCCUUGAGCCCUUCGUCCAAGCUACAGCACCAUUGACCUUGCCACCAAUUUUGGAGGCUGGACACCAGUUCAGACUGGUGGGACCGUCUUGUUAUGGAUCGGUGUGACAACCAGGAUUGGCUCUGAAACGUCCAUAUGCGGAAGUCCAUGUUCCAGGAGCUGUGUGUUGCUAUUGCCCUGUGGAAGCUGGCCACCCCCGACAGCUACCACUCAGUGGGAUACCAGUUAGGUGUCAGGAGAUCUACUGUCGGAGCCAUCUUGAUGGAGGUAAUGACGGCCAUCAAUUCGGAGCUGCUGCACAGGACUGUCCACCUCAGAGACCCGGACACCAUUGCGGUCGGAUUUGUGGGGUUAGGAUUCCCAAACUGCGGUGGAGCACUCGAUGGGACUCGCAUCCCAUUCCGUGCACUGCCCCAUCAAGCAGCUCAGUACAUUAACAGGAAGGGAUACUUCUCCAUGGUGCUGCAGGCCCUGGUCGACCACCAGGGACAGUUCACGGACAUUUGUGUCGGGUGGUCAGGCAGGGCACGUUAUGCCUGCAUCUUUCAGAACUUGUACCUGUACCACAGGCUGCAGGCAGGGACAUUUUUUCCACAGAGAAACUUUGCAGCCGGGGAUGUGCAGAUGCCUAUGUGAAUUGUGGCCAACGUGGCCUACUCCCUUAUGCCCUGGCUCAUGAAGCCAUACACUGGCCAC